UCGUUUCAAAGCAUUCUCCUCCAACAAACUCGCGCAGCCUCCAACCCCUUCCUUCAUUCCUAGGUUAAUAAAAUCUCUGCUCUCGAUUCUUCUUGAUCGUUUCGUUUUCUGUUUCUAACUUCCAAUCUUGUUGUUCACUUCAAUUUGUUUCAUCUGUAAAAAUCACCAUGGUUGAUCAGGUUCAGCGCGCUAGAAUCAAUGAGAAUGUUGCAGCCCAGCCCUAUCUCCGAUAUGGUCUCUCUUCAUACCAAAGGCGGUUUGGGAAUUACUCGAAUGCCGCAUUUCAGUAUCCGGUGAUGCCAUCAUGCAGAGCCACAACUGAUUUUUCUACCGUUGCAGCAACUACCUCCCCUGUCUUUGCUGCAGCUCCUGCAGAGAAAAGCCACUUUCUUAUUGACUUUCUCAUGGGUGGAGUUUCAGCUGCUGUAUCCAAAACCGCAGCUGCUCCCAUUGAAAGGGUUAAACUUUUGAUCCAGAACCAGGACGAGAUGAUCAAAGCUGGAAGACUUUCUGAGCCCUAUAAGGGUAUUGGUGAUUGUUUUACGCGAACAAUGAAGGAUGAGGGUGUGGUUGCUCUCUGGAGAGGCAACACUGCAAAUGUCAUCCGUUAUUUCCCCACUCAGGCCUUGAACUUUGCAUUUAAGGACUACUUCAAGAGGCUUUUCAAUUUCAAGAAGGAUAGGGAUGGUUACUGGAAAUGGUUUGCUGGCAACUUGGGCUCAGGAGGUGCUGCUGGUGCCUCAUCCCUUUUAUUUGUCUACUCCCUCGACUAUGCCCGUACCCGUCUGGCUAAUGAUGCAAAGGCUGCAAAGAAGGGCGGAGGAGGACGACAAUUCAAUGGUCUCAUUGAUGUCUACAAGAAGACAUUGGCAUCUGAUGGUGUUGCUGGUCUUUACCGUGGUUUCAACAUUUCCUGUGUUGGAAUCAUCGUGUAUCGUGGUCUUUACUUUGGAAUGUAUGAUUCCCUGAAGCCAGUUCUCCUGACCGGAUCUUUGCAGGAUAGUUUCUUUGCUAGCUUUGGUCUUGGAUGGCUCAUCACCAAUGGUGCAGGUCUAGCAUCUUACCCAAUUGACACUGUCCGAAGAAGAAUGAUGAUGACCUCAGGGGAAGCUGUGAAGUACAAGAGCUCAAUGGAUGCAUUUACCCAAAUCCUCAAGAACGAGGGUCCCAAGUCCUUGUUUAAGGGAGCUGGUGCUAACAUCCUUCGUGCUGUUGCUGGUGCUGGUGUGCUUGCUGGCUAUGACAAGUUGCAGGUGGUGUUCUUCGGCAAGAAGUAUGGAUCCGGUGGUGCUUAAAUUUUCAGCCCCUAUUCAUAUUUUAGUUAUUUGAUGCUGAUGAAAAUCACAGACUGCUGAGAAUGCUCCAAGUAUUGCGGCAAAAUUUUGUUCAAUAAUUUCACUUCAAUGGUUGCAGUCUGCAGACCCUUUUUUUCUUGGGAUAUCACAAUUUGAUAUUUCAACUAUAUGAUUUAUUUAUGUUUCAAAAAAAAAACUAUAUGAUUUAUUUAAGUGGCAGGCAAAUCAUCUGUCCUCUAUUGAAUUCCGUUUUGUUUGAUUUGAAUUUUUAAGAGAUACUCUAUUCUAUA